AUGGUUCUGGAAAUCACACGAUGCGGCAUACAUGCUUUUCACGAAGUCCUUGGCAUUGACACGGACAUGAUACGCUUCUUCUGGGUCCUGCAUUCGGACCGCGGGGAUAGUCAGCAAAAGGCGUAUCGCAUCGACGUUUCAAUCCAGCAGUCAUUUGAGACCCUGCUAUGGGACUCUGGUAAAGUGGAAGGCGAUAGGCAACGGAAUGUGCUAUGUGCACCCGAAGGAGGUUUUCACUCGGCGACUUUUCAUUACUGGAGAGUCACGGUGUGGGAUUCAGAUGACCGGGCGACGACAAGCACAGUGAACGAAUUCUUCACUGCAUAUCCAAGAUCAUCUGGGUUACUACCACCUUACAGCAUGAACCAGACCUACAUGCCACAUACCAGCCUCAUCUUUCGUACAUGGUUUGAAGAUGAACCAAACCGAUGGAAAGGCGUUUGGAUUGGCGACAACGGGGACAAGCCGCUGUACGUGCGCAAAGCGCUACGUCUUGAUCGAGAACCGUCUCGUGCAAUCGCCUUUGCCUCAGGUCUUGGUCAUUGCAACUUCGUUUGCAAUGGCAAUCCCGCAGCGGCCAAUGGCCACGUGCUGGAUCCGGGCUGGACUAACUACCACCGCACCGUACAGUUCGUUGCAUACGACUUGUCAAACAUACUGACACAAGGGGAGAACGUAGUUGGCGCACACAUCGGCAAUGGCUUCUACGCUGGUGACCAAGGCGACGACCGUUUCUUCUGGCCGUGCUACGAAGAUAACACAUAUGUCCGCUAUGGGAAUGAACUCUGCUUCUUCAUGGAACUGCACCUCUUCUACGACGAUGGCAGCCGGGAGACAAUCACUACUGGACCAGACUGGAAUAUCCGGAAGAGCGCGACCACGCUGGCGAACAUUUACUCUUCAGAAACCAAGGACUUACGUAACUACCCGGCAGGGUGGGAUGCGCCAGGCUUUCAAGAAGACGAACAAUGGAAGUCUGCGACGCCUGUGACAGGUCCAAGAGGAAAACUGAAGUAUCAGAGUCAGCCACCCGUGGUGCUCCACGAGACAUUCGAGCCACGAUCGAAGAAGACUCUUGAGCCUGGCGUCGUCAUGUUCGACUUCGGACAGAACAUGACGACGAUGGUGAAGAUCCAGGUCAGCGGACCAGCUGGCUCAGAAGUCAUUAUCCGUUUCUCCGAGACCAUUGGCGAGGAUGGCAAGGUUCUCAUGCCAGAUCCACUGUUCAAGCAGUUUGAGACAGGCGUUUUCUGCAAAUUUACUUUGGCUGGUACUGGGGUGGAGACCUGGGAGCCUGACUUCUGCUUCACAAGUGCACGAUACAUCCAAGUCGAAGGCGUAUCACUCGAAGAAGCACAGGGACUACCGGUCGUACAUCGGUUGGUUAGCAGACACGUAUCGUCCGCUGCACGUCGUCUAGGCUACGUUAAGACGGAUAAAGAAGAUGUCAAUCAGCUCAUCGAUAUGUGUUGUUGGUCUUUCGUUAGUAACCUCUUCAGCUACCACACUGAUUGUCCCCAGCUAGAGAAAUUUGGAUGGCUCGAAGUAACGCACCUUCUUGCGCCGGCCACCCAAUAUAUUCGGGACAUGGAGUCGCUCUACUCCAAGAUCCUCGAUGAUAUCUUCGAUGCGCAGGAACCAAACGGUCUUUGCCCUACCAUGGCACCCGAAAUCAGAUACAUGUGUGGCCCUCUACACGACACAAUCACCUGGGGAGGCGCCGUCGCAUUACUUCCUGAGAUAUUGCGCUUCUACUACGACUCCACGCACGUGUUCGAGAAACUGUUCGACCCCUGUGUACGCUACAUGGAGUAUAUCAAGACCAAAGAGCGGGACGGUGGGCUCAUUGAACACGGCCUGGGUGACUGGGGACGCGACAUAGCCUUUGGCAACAACCAGGCCAACAUCGAAACUGCUGUAUACUAUCGCUGCCUCCGGAACAUUCAACGCAUGGCCCACGAGCUGAACAAGCCGGAAGCUGAAACGCGGUUCCGCGAAUGGGCAGAUCGCAUAUAUCGCGUAUACAACGAGCGACUUCUCAUCACCGAUAAGAAAGAGUAUCCCUACGCCUUCUACACGUCUCGCGACGACCCCUCAAAACAUGACCGCAACAUGGUGGCCCAAGCCUUUGCACUUCAGUUCGACCUCGUGCCUACCUCCCACAUCGCAGACGUACAGGCUGCCUUCCUAGCGGAUUGCGCUUCCGCUGGCAACCGGAUUCAAGCUGGCGAGAUCGGUUUGAAGUACCUCUUUAAUACACUCUCUGACCUGAACCGCCCAGACAUCAUCCUAGAGAUGGCGCGACAAGAAGAGCAUCCAAGUUACAUGCGCUUUAUCCGGAGGGGAGAAACGACACUGAAUGAAUUCUGGCAAGAUAAUUGUAGGAGUAAGUGCCAUGACAUGCUGGGAACGAUAUACGAGUGGUUCUACGAGGGUGUGUUGGGUGUCCAAGCGGAGACGGAGGCGUAUAAAACGUGGAGGGUUAAGCCGCCGUUCGGAAGCGAGUUCGGGAUGGUGGAGGGGAGUGUGGAGUGUCCGUAUGGUAAGAUCAAGGUCAAGUACGAGAAGACAAGUGGAGGUGGCAGCGAGGAAGCGAAGAUGUGGCUUAAUGUACCCACAAGCACAACAGCCUAUCUGCUACUUCCCAGUGCGGACAGUAGCGCUGAUCUAAGAAGACUCGGUCAAGGCGGGUACGAGGUACGGAAGAAGGGAACAAGGGUAACCCUAAAGCCGGGCAGUUAUGAGUUGAUGUUACAUGCCUGA